CAUUUUGCCUACAGGUCACUUUGAAAGGGCUUUGAUUGAAUUGGCGUGGUUGAUCUUGGCCUGCUAUAAUUUAUAAUAUAUAUUCAUUAGACAUUGAAUAUAAAUACGUUUUACAUUGAAGAAAAUAUCGCUUUAUUUUGCAUGCUUUUGUAGUCUACGUUUCUGCAACCUGUUGAGCAUCAGGUAACCUUUGCUUGUCAAGAAGGAUACUUUACACGGAUACAUAAUGUUAGUCUGUUUGAUUCUAAUGAGCUAACAUUAUAAGGUGAGAAAAAUGUUACUUGUGUGUGGUGGAGCAGACCUGUGUAAGGUGCGCUAGCCUCUUCAAGCGCCAACAACAGCAUGUAAGGAUCUCUCCAGGGUGCUGAAGUUGACUGACAACGGCGCUCCUGAGGCUCCUGCCUCUGCCUCACUUUAUGGUAGAGACCAGAAAGAUAAUGAGGUGUUGUGGCUUCAACUGGGCAACAGUAUGAUAUUUCACAUGAGUGAAAAUAUAGAGAAUACUGGAAUGGUGAGGUGAGGAUUACUGCAAAAAAAACAGGAGUGUGAAAAAAAACUAUCCUCAGACUUCACAGCUUACAAAAAGGCCAAAGAAAGCAAUGGUGUUUUUGGUUUGGUGUAUAAUGCUUUGAUGUAGGAUCAGAUCACAGCUCACCAAUACGGAUACUCCAGCAGGAUAAUGCAACAUAUUCCUCUAAAUGUUAGAGGUGUGCUAUGGGACUUAUCCAACUAUCCCUAUGGCCCCAUCUUCAAGAGCAGACAUAGCCUUGCAACUCUGCCAUUCUAUAACUUUCUGCUAUGGGUCCUGCUCGGGGUUUUGACGUUUCCAUGCUGUGUCCAGUGUUUAAUCUUCAAAGUUGGGGUCCUUGGGCCCUGGAACUGCGACCCGGUCUACUCCAAGGCCCUACCUGCGCUGGCCGCUAAACUGGCCGUGGGCAGGAUAAACGAGGAUUUCAGUUUAGAUUUGGGCAGCAAAUUGGACUUUGUGAUCCUGCAAGAAGCAUGUGAAACGUCUAAAGCAUUGACAACAUUUGUGUACUACGAGAAGAUGGUGGACGGUUUCGUCGGACCCACGAAUCCAGGAUACUGUGACGCAGCCUCACUUUUGGGCAAAAACUGGGAUAAAGCUAUCUUUUCCUGGGCAUGUAUUAACUAUGAGUUGGAUCGAAUCAAGAGCUACCCAACCUUCGCACGGACACUGCCGUCACCUACACGGGUGUUGUUCACCGUGUUGAAGUAUUUCAGUUGGGCCAACAUCGGCAUCGUGUCUUCCAAUGAAGAUAUCUGGAUAGACACCGCCGGUAAAGUGGCCAACUCCCUGCGGAGCCAGGGACUUCCCGUUGGCAUAGUAGCUUCGGCGGGAAUGAACGAGACGGAGAUGGAAAGCACACUGAGCAGAAUCCAGGCUGCUGGAGAGAUCAAAGUGAUCAUCAUGUGCAUGCACUCUGCUCUGAUUGGUGGGGAGCAGCAGACAGCCUUCCUGCUGAAGGCCCAUGAGAUGGGUCUGACGAAGGGCCGCUAUGUUUUUGUCCCCUACGACACCCUCCUCUAUAGCCUGCCCUAUGCCAACACAUCCUACUUCCCCCUGCAAAACAACACCAAGCUGCGGCAGGCCUACGACGCCGUGCUCACCAUCACUGUGUCCUCAGAUCUGAUGUCAUUCAACGAGGCGUUCAACAUGGCCAAGAAGUUUGAGGAACUCACCAUAUCACUGGUCCCACAGCAGGUCAACCCCCUGUUUGGAACCAUCUACAACGGUAUUUACCUCCUUGCCAAAGCCAUGCACAAUGCCAGGAGAGCUGGCCAGUGGCUCUCCGGGACCAACCUAGCUUAUUUCACCAGGAACAUGACGUUCUCUGGCUUCAACCAGAAGAUCCAGAUAGACACUGAAGGGGAGAGCCAGACCAACUAUGUCAUCCUGGACUCCGACGGAUGGGAGGGUCAGCUGUACCGCUCCUAUCUGGUGGACCUGAGCGCUGACAUGGUCCGCUUCGCAGGCAAAUCCAUUCAUUUCCCUGGGGGUUCCCCUCCCCCCUCAGACUCCAGCUGUUGGUUUGAACCAAACAUUAUCUGCACUGGAGGUGUGGAGAUAACCUACGUCAUAGUGGUGGUUGUGAUCAUCUUCAUUCUGAUCGUGGGAGGACUUGGUCUAAGUCUGUUCGUAAGGAGGAGAAUCCAGCAGAUCCAGUUGGUGAAGGGGCCCAAUCGGAUCCUACUGACUCUAGAGGACCUCACGUUCAUCAACCCUCAACUUAGCAAGAGGAAAAUCACUCUAGAGGACCUGAGUGAAUCUAAAAGUGCAAUAGACAACAACGGUAUGCAUUCAGGAGACCUGCACCACUCUGUGAACAGCAUCACUACCGCAACACAUGACACCACAAAUGUAGCUGUCUAUGAGGGCGACUGGGUGUGGCUGAAAAAGUUUGAAGAAGGCCAUUUCAAGGAAGUCAAGCAGAGCACCACCAAGAUCUUUACAAAGAUGAAGGAUCUGCGAAAUGAGAACAUCAAUCCGUUCCUGGGGUUUUUCACAGACUGUGACAUGUUUGCCGUGGUGACGGAGCAUUGUUCCCGUGGCAGCCUGCAGGACCUCCUGAGGAACGAUGACGUCAAGCUGGAAUGGAUGUUCAAGUCUUCUUUGUUGCUGGACCUAAUCAAGGGUAUGAAGUAUCUGCACCAUCGAGAGUUCCCUCACGGUCGGCUGAAGUCACGGAACUGUGUGGUGGACGGUCGCUUCGUCCUCAAGAUCACAGACUACGGCUUUAACGAGCUGCUGGAAUCCCAGAAAUCUCCCAAAAAUCUAGUUCCACCUGAAGAUCAGUUUUGGACAGCUCCAGAGUUCCUCCGAGACGUGGAGAACUCUCGGAAGGGGACCUAUAAAGGAGAUGUGUACAGUUUUGCCAUUAUACUCCAAGAGGUGGUUGUCCGAGGACUUCCAUAUUGCAUGCUGGGUCUGACUCCUGCGGAGAUCAUCCGUAAGGUGAAGAAGCCUCCUCCCAUGUGCAGGCCCACGGUGGCCCCAGAUCAGGCUCCUCUGGAGUGUAUCCAGCUGAUGAAACAGUGCUGGAGCGAACAGCCUGACCGCAGACCAGCCUUCGAUGAGAUCUUUGACCAGUUCAAGCUGAUCAACAAGGGCAAGAAGACCAACAUCAUUGACUCCAUGUUGCGGAUGCUGGAACAGUACUCAUCUAAUCUGGAGGACCUGAUCAGAGAGAGGACAGAGGAGCUGGAAGUGGAGAAACAGAGGACAGAGAAACUGCUGUCUGAGAUGCUGCCUCCUUCUGUGGCAGAGGCUCUGAAGACGGGUGCAACAGUGGAGCCAGAGUACUUUGACCAGGUCACCAUCUACUUCAGUGACAUAGUAGGCUUCACCACCAUCUCCUCCCUCAGUGAUCCCAUCGAGGUGGUGGACCUGCUCAAUGACCUGUACACGCUGUUCGACGCUGUGCUCAGCAACCACGACGUAUACAAGGUGGAGACCAUUGGUGACGCCUACAUGGUGGCGUCAGGUCUACCCAAGAGGAAUGGCAACAAACACGCAGCGGAGAUAGCCAACAUGUCCCUGAACAUCCUGAGCUCUGUGGGCACCUUCCAGAUGCGCCACAUGCCCGGCAUUCCCGUCAGGAUACGAAUAGGGAUACACUCAGGGUCAUGUGUUGCUGGGGUGGUGGGUCUGACCAUGCCUCGGUACUGCCUUUUUGGAGACACAGUCAACACUGCCUCUCGUAUGGAAUCCACUGGGCUGCCUUAUAGAAUUCAUGUGAACAUGAGCACUGUGAAGAUCCUGCGCUCCCUCAACGAGGGCUACAAGAUAGACGUCAGGGGCAUGACAGAGCUGAAGGGUAAAGGCAUUGAAGAGACAUACUGGCUGGUUGGGAAAGAAAACUUCACAAAGCCUUUACCGAACCCUCCAGAGAUUAAACCAGGGGACAACUGGCAAGAGAUGGUGACAGAUGAGAUCAAGACGAUAUUUCGCAAGGCCAACCGGGAGGUGGACAAGCCUAAAAUAUGAGCAGAUGAGACAGAUGGAGAGAGACAAACACGGGGAGAAGAGGACACAUCCAAAGAGAGAGAGGGAGGAAGAGAAAGGGAUGAUGAAGAACUGGAGGACAGAGGGCAUGGACCGGCCUGCUCACUGCAGAUUACGUGGCCUCCUUUAAUAGGAUUUCCUGGCUUCUGUCUGUGUAAUCUGCUUGUGGCCAGCACAGCAGAAAGGGAGAGCACUAAUGAAAUGAAGGUUGUUGUAUUACCGUCCUGCGACAGGGAUAGUGCGUGUCUUCUUAAUGAACCAUACACUUAUGUCUCUGGUCUCCCAUUGGCCACUAAGUGGCUUUGUGUCAGUGGAGUGGUUUUGUCUAGAUGGGAUACAGUUUAUGUCAAAAUGGACUUUUCGUAGCAGGUUAGGAGAAUUUACGCAGCAUGUUAGGAUAAUUAAUGUAGCAGCUAAGGAGAAUUAAGUUAAGGUUAGGAAAAGGGUUAGGUUUAUGGUUAGCUAAAAUCCAAAACAUAUCAACUAUGGACGUCAAUGUGACAUAAAUUGUAUCCCAUGGCCAGUGGAGUUGAGGCCCCAGUGCUCAACAGGAUGUACUACUGUAUCACUCCACUCCCGUACUGUACUGUAGCUUUUAAUCACAUGCAUAAUAGGAGUUAUGUCAAAUAAAAAAAUAUAUAUAUUUUAUCACUCUUCUAAACGUUUUUAAAGGAGCACUUCUCUCCACUUGAUGAGAGUUGUGGGGUGAAAUAAGACAUUUUGUUAGUUAUGGCAAAAUAUGAUAUUCAAUUUUUAAGUUAUGGCCGAAAAGCUUUGUACGGGUGUAAGAUUAGCGUUCCACAGUUGUGAAAGGAAACCGGAUAUAUAUCUACUGUAUUGUUAAUGGACCACAAGUUUGUUGGCAUCUAGGUAAAUAAUUCCCUAUAUUAAUCAUGUUUUUUUGUAUGAAAAAAAAGAGUGCUAUUUGAGGACAAUGAUACAAUGCAAAAACUAAGGACAGACACUGGAUUUCUAUGUUUUACAUUGACUUAGAAAUUCAAAACAUAAUUAGUAUAUGCAUGCUGUGUCCCGUUGUUAUAGAUUGUCUAUGUAAUGUUUCUGUAAAACGUCUUUCCUUUAAGCAGGGCAUUUGGAGCCACGGAGUAUACUGAUUCUCCAAAGAAUUGUCAUGUCUGAUGUCUACGCCUUCAUGGACAAGAGUACCAUCUCUUGUUUGGUUGAAGGUAUGACUUGUAUAAAUGAAAAUGAAUGAGCGUCCAUUACAGGCGCUAUGAGCUCAUACUUUAGGGUUACCUAUGCAGCUGAAAACAUGAAUAGAUCAUUCCCAAAUAACAUGAGCAAUGAUCUAUGCAGAUGGAUGUUUGAUGAUACAUAUUGGUGAACUUUUAUUGUCUUCUAUUAUUUCAUCUACUUCAUAGACUAUGAGAACAAUGAAUUAAAAUAAUAUACAGUAUGCAACUUUAAUUUUCAAGAUGUACAGUGUUGAAAAAUGUCAUUUGUUACUGAUUACAGUCACAUGACUAAAGUAAUCAAUCAUGUAAUCUGUAAUCAGUAACGUAAAGAUGUAUUCAUUAUGUUAUAAGUCUUGGAUAUUUAUGAGACACAAAGACUAAUGUAAAUAUUAUAUAUUUAAUUAAAUCUGUUUUAUUUACAUGUA